CAAUCGAAUCCUAUAAAUUUAUGGUCCCUAAACCAGAUGAGGAAAGCCGACUCUGGGGUCCGAUCAGACCUUUUCAGUAUUCGGUUUGGGGUUGCAUACUAUUGAGUAUCGUGUCUGUAUUGGCGAUUUUCUCAUAUUUAUCUUGGUGCUACUCUCAUUGGCCUAAUUUGCCAAAUAGUGAAUUUUAUGGUGCAAAGAAGAACAUGUUUACCAUUUUCGGUAGUUACGCGAUGUACAUUGCUUCUGUCUGUACAAAUCAAGGACUGAACAUUAAUGUCCGUCAAACUUCAUUUCGUGUUAUGGCCGGGAUGUGGUUAUUGGCGGCCACGGUACUAGUCAACUGCUACUCCGGAACUCUGAUGUCUUCAUUAACUUUGACAAAAUUCAAGCCUACCGUGAAUUCUUUGGAAGAUUUAGCUGCCAGUCAGGAUUUGACUAUGACAGCCAGCGCCAACAGUGUCAUGGCUAAUACGGUUCUUAACACCACUUCCGCUACGUUAAAAGCCAUAGGAGAUGCAAUGCGCAGAAAACCAGAAAGCAUUUACCCCACGCCAGAAAAGGGCGUGUCCAACAUCUUUUCUUUGAAGUACGUUUUCCCUACAAUUGAAUCAUACAUAACUUACUUAAUCAACAUCGAUCUAAAACAAAGCAAGAAAUGUAGAUUUCACGUAACCGGUCGUAUCCCAAUAUCAGAGGGGGCUUUCACUCUUGGAUUACAGAAAGGCAACAAACUCAAUCAACUACUUAGCGAGAAGCUUCAGAUCCUUUGGGAGACUGGUUUAAUGAUUCAUUGGCUAAAAAACAAUCUACCAUACGUAGACAAGUGCCUGGCGAAUAGUAAUGAAUCAGCCCGUCAGAAACCCAUAAAGCUCGUUGAUUUGACCAGCGCGUUCUUCAUUCUUGGUAUCGGGGUUUCUUUGGCACUGUUAAGUUUCUUAAUGGAAGUUUUCUACUUUCGUUUUUGAAGUCAGUUAACUAUGGUGGUGUCGGGAGCCAUAUAAUUUACGAGAACGCGAGCUUAUGAGAGUAUUCGAGGAAAGAAAUAGUUAUUGUAAUAGUCAUUCUGGUAUGAUUUUAAUGCCAGAUAGGAAAGCAUAAGUAUUAUAGUCAAUCUAUAGCUAUGAUAUAGUAGUAGGAGUGUACACAAUUUAUCCAAUUACAAUUUACAAGUUAUACGAGGAGAUGCCGUUGCAGCGUGGUCCCUCUCGAAGUCUCGGUCAUAAAAUUUUCCAGUUGCACUUUGCUUUUAGUGUUGAAAGUUAAGUUAUUUUUAAAAUUUGAAAAUCAUUCAGCAAUCUUAAUUUUGAAACACAGGUUUUUCAAUAAAUAAUCAUUAAAUUGCUGUUCCUCCAAUAAAACCAGAAUAUUUAAAAUUACAAGCAAGAAUAUUUUUGCAAAGUUAACUAUAAACUACAAUGAUAUCCAAUGAUAACACUGAAACAGAAAUAAGCACAAAACAGCUAAAAAAACUUUAAUGGAAUAAUGAAAUUGUUUCUAUUAUCUCUACCAUGUUUUCUAAUAUUAACAUGAUCGUUUUUCACAUACACCUGUGAUUUUCUUGUAGGAACAACAUUGGAUUGAUUUACUCACAAACAACCUAUGUGAUGUUUUAAAAAUUCAACAUUUUUUAAACUUUAACCUUUUUAAAAAAGCAAAGAGCAAAUAGAAAAUUUUGUAUUUAGGCCUACCAUGUUUUCUGAUAUCACUGAUAUCUCCAUUAUUACUUUCCAUAUAUAGAUUGUGAACACAGAUAUACUUCAACAAUACAUUUAAUCACUUAAAAUUGUGUUUUACCUUCAGCUGAAUUUCGAAAAAUUAUCAUUCCGUUUUGUUUGUAAUCUUAAACACACAAACUUCGUCUCUCUCUUUUUGAAACUUGUAAACAUAACGAA